AUGGCGCCCGUGCAGGGCCUGGAGGAGGCCGCCCGCGGAGCCAUCACCAUCCUCCCCAAGCGCGCCUCCGUCCCCGGCUUCGACGAGUACUUCACCUCCCGCUCGCUGGAGAACAACCGUCGCAACCUCUGGUUCCACGAGUUCUGGGAGGACGACUUCAACUGCCGCCUGCCCCACAGCGAGCCCCACGGCGAGCCCCACGGCGGCCCCGGCACCCCCGUCCGCAAGUGCACAGGCCGCGAGCGGAUGGGCCGGGACUCGCCCUACGAGCAGGAGGGGAAGGUGCAGUUCGUCAUCGACGCGGUGCUGGCCAUGGCCCACGGCCUCCACGCCCUCCUGGGGGAGGCCUGCCCCGGCGGCCGCCUCUGCGCCCGCAUGGACCCCCCCGACGGGCGCCGCCUCCUCGCCCACAUCCGCCGCGUCGCCUUCAACGCUGGGGGCUGCCCCAACGCCAACGGCGCCCCGAAAAUCACCACGGACCUGAUGGACCGGAAGUUGACCAAGGCGGAACAACAACGGUUCAAGGAGGAAGCGGAGAUGCUGAAGGGGUUGCAACACCCCAACAUCGUUCGCUUCUAUGAUUCUUGGGAAUCCACGGUCAAGGGCAAGAAGUGCAUCGUCCUCGUCACCGAACUGAUGACCUCCGGCACCCUCAAAACGUAUCUCAAGAGGUUCAAGGUGAUGAAACCCAAGGUGUUACGGAGUUGGUGUCGGCAAAUCUUGAAGGGGCUUCACUUUCUCCACACCCGGACGCCGCCCAUCAUCCACCGGGACCUCAAGUGCGACAACAUCUUCAUCACCGGCCCCACCGGUUCGGUGAAAAUCGGCGAUUUGGGUUUGGCCACCCUCAUGAGGACUUCCUUCGCCAAAAGCGUCAUCGGUACACCGGAAUUUAUGGCGCCGGAGAUGUACGAGGAGCGGUACGACGAGUCGGUGGACGUCUACGCCUUCGGGAUGUGCAUGUUGGAGAUGGGCACCUCCGAGUAUCCCUACUCCGAGUGCCAAAACGCCGCCCAGAUUUACCGCAAAGUCACCAGCGGCAUCAAACCGGCGAGUUUGGAUAAGGUGACGGAUCCGGAGGUGAAGGAGAUCAUCGAGGGUUGUAUCCGGCAAAACAAGGCGGAGAGGCUUUCCAUCCGGGAUCUGCUCGACCACGUCUUCUUCGCCGAGGACACGGGUUUACGGGUGGAGUUGGCGGAGGAAGACGAGGGCCUGGAGUCCUCCUUGGCGCUGCGCCUUUGGGUGGAGGAUCCCAAGAAGCUGAAGGGGAAGCACAAGGACAACGAAGCCAUCGAGUUCAGCUUCGACCUGGAGGCCGACGUCCCCGAGGAGGUGGCCUACGAGAUGGUGAAAUCCGGUUUCUUCCACGAAAGCGACUCCAAAGCCGUCGCCAAAUCCAUCCGGGAUCGGUUGACGUUGGUGAGGAAGACGAGGGAGAAGAAGCAAGCGGAAGGUCGGGCGCUCCCCGAAAACGAGGACACCGAGGUGGACCAACACGUCCGGCAACAGCUGCUCCGGCAACAACCCCCCGCCGCUGCCGAUGGGCUCGGGGAGGGCGGUCCCAGCUCGGACGUCGCCGGCGCCCGUGGUCUCACCGGGGCGCCCGAGCCCGCGCCGCAGCUCCUUGGGUGCUACCGAGGGUCACCGGGCCCCCUGCAAGAUGGGGCGUCCCCCACUUGCGGCCACGGCGUCGCCUUGCAGGUGCCGGUGGCCUACGGGGCGGAGGGGACGUCAGCCGAUGUCACCGGAGGUGCCACCGCGGUGGUGCCGGAGCCACCCGGCGUCGAUGGGGAGCCGGGGGGUGGCAUUGGGGGUGUCGCCUCCUUACAGGUCCCGGGGGACCCCCGCCCAACCGGCGAGCCUCGGGGACAUCCCGGGAGGGCGAGGUGGACGUGGCCCCAGAUGUUGGUGGCCCUCAAGGACCAGGGGUGCUUGCCACCGGACUCCAAGAGCCUGGUGGCCCUCGAGGACCAGGGAUGGUUGUCACCGGUCCACAAGAACCUGGUGGCCCUCAAGGACCAGAGAUGGUUGCCACCAGACCCCAAGAGCCUGGUGGCCCUCGAGGACCAGAGAUGGUUGCCACCAGACCCCAAGAACCUGGUGGCCCUCAAGGACCAGGGGUGCUUGCCACCGGACUCCAAGAGCCUGGUGGCCCUCGAGGACCAGGGAUGGUUGUCACCGGUCCACAAGAACCUGGUGGCCCUCAAGGACCAGAGAUGGUUGCCACCAGACCCCAAGAACCUGGUGGCCCUCAAGGACCAGGGGUGGUUGCCACGGGACCCCAAGAGCCUGGUGGCCCUCAAGGACCAGAGAUGGUUGCCACCAGACCCCAAGAACCUGGUGGCCCUCAAGGACCAGGGGUGGUUGUCACCGGACCCCAAGAGCCUGGUGGCCCUCAAGGACCAGAGAUGGUUGCCACCAGACCCCAAGAGCCUGGUGGCCCUCGAGGACCAGAGAUGGUUGCCACCAGACCCCAAGAACCUGGUGGCCCUCAAGGACCAGGGGUGGUUGUCACCGGUCCCCAGGAGCCUGGUGGCCCUCGAGGACCAGAGAUGGUCAUCGCUGGAGCGUUGGAGCAGGAUGGACCUGGGGGACCAGAGACAAUUGUCCCCAAGCCCCGUGACCUGGGUGUCCCCCAAGGACAGGAGAUGUUUGUCCCCAAAGCCCAUGAACUGGGCGCACCCAAGGGACCAGAGACAAUCGUCCCCAAAGCCCAAGAGCCAGGGACAGGGGACAGUCGUCACCGGAGCUUGGGAGCAGGAUGGACCGUGGGGAGCGGAGACGAUUGUCCCCAAACCCCAAGAGCUGGAUGUCCCCAGAGGAGAGGAGACGAUCGUCACCGGAGCUUGGGAGCAGGACGCACCCACGGGACCAGAGGUGAUUGUCCCCAACCCCUGCGACCUGGACGUCCCCCAAGGACCAUCGAUGACCGGCCCCAAACCCCAGACCUUGGUGUCCCUCAAACCCCAAGACCUUGUGAAGCGCCGCCGGGGUCCCCCAAAGCCUCCGGAGGUGGAGCCGGGUCGCCCCGUCCGCACCGGCAGCGCCCAGUUCGUCCGGGAGCUACGGGGCCGGACCUUCCCCAGCGCCGACGAGGUGCUGCUGCGCCCGAGCGGAGCCCAGCUGACGGUGGAGUACCUGGAGGAGAAGACCUUCAGCGUCCCCAUCUUGGUGGCCCGUAAAGAAGGGUUGGGAAUGACCUUACCCCCCCCGACCUUCACCCCCCGGGACGUGGAGCAUUACGGCGAGAAGAUUUUCUACCUGGUGCGGCCCACGGCGGCCAACCUGGCUUUGUUCGAGGCUUGGAGCAGCUCCCGAAACCAGGGCGAGCUUUUUUUCGGCGACCAAGUCGAUCGAUGUUAUCGUUGUCCCCUCCGGCAAGGCCAAACCCUCUUCAUCCCCACCG